ACACACACACACAAUGCCUAACAACGCUCUGGCAUCACACAGCCCCCCCAUCCUCCCCUCCCCUACAUACACACAUCCCAACCCCAUAUGCCUCUCCGUUCCUUUAACCAGCCUCUUUCGCUUGCUGCUUCUUUUUUUCCUUCGUCCAAUGGUUUCUCCCAAUGACAUAAUAACAGCAUGCUAGCAUCUCUCUCCUAUACAGCAAAAUACCCCUCGAUAUAAAACGCCAUUUCGCAGAAUCUUCUCUGGCUGGUGCCACCAACAACCCACUGCUAGGUGGGGGGACAAAAAGAGAAGCCGUCUCUCACCACCCCCAGCGUGUGACACCUUUGGAAAACAGACCCCCCUUUUUUUUGCAAGAAAUCAUUAAGUCACACAGCUAGUUGGCUCCAUGUCAAGCUGAGUCAGAGAGAUCAAGCGAUCCACAUAAACCGACGUGUGCCUCAAACUGAAGAGCAGAGGCUGAAACUCAAAGUCUCCCAAACUCAGAGAAACCCGAAAGGAAGAAACAGAGGACAAGCACAUUUAAAAAAAGGAAGUCAAGUAAACUUGGCAUAAAGAAACGGGAAACAUUUCUAGGCUUCCCUGAAACUUGCUGAAGCUGCAUAUUAAGAAGAAACAGAAUUUUACCACAAAAUAUAUUUGAAAGUCGAAGAAGAAGAAGAAGAAGAAGAAGAAGAAGAAGAAGAAGAAGAAGAAGAAGAAGAACCACCUAGAGGCGAUCCAGAUUUCCCCCCAGAAAUCUCUAGUAGCUCUCCAGUUGUAAUUUAGUACACCUCCAGAAAGGCUCUUGCAAGCUCCCAGAAAAUCUCCAGUAGGUACCUAGAUAUUCCAUAGUAGCCUUCCAGUACUCCACCAAUAGGCAUCUAGAUGCAAUCCAGAUGAAGCCUCCCAGAGGUUUUUCUACCUGCUCUUCAGGAUUUGCACAACAGUGAUCCAGAAACUCUUCAGUUAUCCUCCCCUGGCUAUUUCCAACUGCUACCCAAGCCUUCAUCUUCUGACUGUGGCCUCCAGAGAACUUGUCUGACAGAUCUCCAGAAUUUCCUCAGAAACCAUCCAUAAAAUUCCCAGCUAUUCUCCAAAAAUUAUCGCACCUUCUCUGGAAACUUAUCUUGAAGUCCAACUACAUAUUCUACAGAAUAUCUGAAGAGAGCACUUUCAAGAGAAUCUAAUAGUCAGAAGCAAUUCAGAAGGAGCUCUGCUUGUGUUCUUCACAGGAUUCCCUAGGGUUUUGCAACAGUUGUAGGACAACCUUCCCAGCCCAUCUUAUAUCCCGGUUUCUUCUACACAGUGAACUUGGUGAAAGACAAUAGUCCCCUGGUGCCAUUUUCCAAAAGCUCUUGUGCUUUUAGAUUCUGCCCACUGGAAGAGGAAGCCGACCACAACAGACAAGGCACUCAUCACCUGCUUCCUUGAAAGCAUCACCACCACUAUUUUCCUUCACCACUCCCAGUUUUCUUUCUUGCCGCCAAGCUGGAGUCACUUAAACGCUGGAAUGAGGAGAGGAUGGUCUGGUGUGAGAAAGGUGUCCAGAUUCUGCUCACCACUGUGGGGGCAUUUGCAGCCUUUGGCCUCAUGAUCAUCGCCAUUGGCACAGAUUACUGGCUGUAUGCCCGUGCCUUCAUCUGCAAUACCACCAACAUAUCUACUGAGGAAACCCCACAGAAAGACAAGAAAGAUCCCGGAGGGCUCACCCAUUCAGGCCUCUGGAGGAUAUGCUGCUUAGAAGGGCUAAAGCGAGGGGUGUGCGUGAAAAUCAACCAUUUUCCAGAGGACACAGACUACGAUCACGACAGCGCGGAAUACCUCCUACGUGUGGUACGAGCCUCAAGCAUCUUCCCCAUUCUAAGUGCAAUCUUGCUAUUGCUGGGAGGGUUCUGCGUGGCUGCCAGCCGUGUCUACAAGUCCAAGCGCAACAUCAUCCUAGGUGCCGGCAUCCUAUUUGUUGCUGCAGGCCUCAGUAACAUCAUCGGUGUCAUCGUCUACAUCUCAGCCAAUGCCGGAGACCCUGGCACAAAACGCGACGACGAGAAGAAGAGCUACUACUCCUACGGCUGGUCCUUUUAUUUUGGUGGCCUUUCCUUCAUCCUGGCCGAGAUGAUUGGAGUCCUGGCCGUCAACAUAUACAUUGAGAAGAACCGGGAAGCCCAUUGCAAGAGCCGCACGGAGCUACUGAAAAACCCAUCUUCCUCGUCAUCGGCCAUCUUGCGCCUGCCCAGCUACCGUUUCCGAUACCGCCGCCGGUCACGCUCCAGCUCCCGCUCCACCGAGCCAUCGCAGUCUCGAGAAACCUCGCCGGUGGGCCUCAAAGGCUUCCCUUCCACUGACAUCUCCAUGUACACACUAUCGAGGGACCCCUCCAAAGCCAACGUCAGCUCGCUCUACGGCGGUGCCAGCGAAACGGCAUCAACGGGCGCGGCUGCGUCGGGCGCAACUGGCAGUGGCGGUGGGUUCUUGCAGCUGCACAACACCUUCCCCAAGGACCCUGGUGUCACCGUCACAGUGACUGGGCCUGGUGUAGCAGGGGCGACUGGCACCCUGGGCAAAGACACCUCCUCCAACACCAACACGCUCAACAGGAAGACAACGCCAGUGUAGGGACGGAGUUAAGGGAGGAGGGGGCAUAGGGAGGAGGAAAGAGGAAGAGAAGACACAGCUCAGAGAGUAGGUUGGGAGAGUCAGAAAGUUGCAAAGCGAGAAAACAAUCCAUCCAUGCAUUUCCUCCCCCCCCCUUCCCUCAUCCAUCCGUGAACUCGCAUUGCUUUCCUUUUUUCUAACCCGCCAACAGAACCCAAAUUCACACCUCACACCUUGGGGAGGGCAAAGUAGCGGAGGAGUAUGUUCACCAGGGGGCUUUCAUGAAUGAAGUGACAGGGAUCAGCCAUUCCUACAGCUUAAGAGACACUUAACCAAACAUCAUUGCCCUUUCAAAACAGGCACCUCAAGGAUAACCUAGAUGGACUUUUCCCCACCCCACAUUGGGAUGGAGAAGAGGGGAUGCUGUUGUGUCUCAGAGGUGCUUGAGGAAGGAGGAUAGUUUUCCUUGCCUACUUGGUUAAGAUCACUAAUGGGCAGCCAGAUUCAGAAUCUGAAAGGGACGUGCAUUUGUGUGUAUAUGUUUUGAAGACCCUGGCUCCUCCACUCGUAAGCCUCUUACAAGAUGGCUUCCACAGCGUACUGUGCCAAAUUUGGGGCUGCAGUGUGGAUCAAGAGGGUGUUUUGUUCCUCAGCGGGUAUAAGGGAACCCUCUCUUCUCCUUCACUGCAGCUUAAUUAAGGGCUGACAAAAAAGUUUGUGCCAAAACACAGUGCCAGAAUUUAUUUAUUUUUUAAGGGCGGGGAAGGUGUUUUAAAAUCCAAAAGGACCGACUGCCCCCUGGUGGCUUUUAGAAGUAUUUCUAAUCCACUAGGCUUUGCUUCAAUCUCCUUCUAGUCCAUGUAUGGCUGUAGUAUUUUUCAGUUUCCAGCCCAUCUCUAACACUGAGCCAUAGCUCUUCCUGAGAUGAAGAGGUCUCUGGGGAGGAGAGGGUCCCUGCUAUUUACACAGGCACCCCUUGCCCAUUGAAAUGAUAAUCAACCAGUCAUUAUUGACUUUGUUUGUCUCGUCCAUUUAAUAGAUAGAUAGAUAGACCCCCUUUUUUAAUCUUCUUUUCGAUAUUGGGAAGAAGAACUUUUAAAAUGAAACAAGAAGUAAAAAUAGAAAUGGCUUACACUUCUGCUCAUCCCUACCUACCCCCCACCCCCAAUUCAGCAUCCUAGGGAGAAUUUUUACAUGUAUUAUAAAUAUAUAAAUAGAUAGAUAUAGAUAGAUAGAUAUAAACAACAACAAAAAAACCACACAUAUAUAUGAGAAGACGAACAAAAUGAUUGUGAAGUUUCUUAGGACUUGGUUGAUUUACGUUGGUUGUUUUGGUUUUUUUUAAACAACAGUGGGAUUACUAUUUCCCCAGCGGAACUUGUGCCAACUGGCAAGCAAUCGGUUUUACAAUCCUGGUAUCCUGAUCCUGAACCAUGCUCGACUUUGCUCCCCCCUUCUGCAUGCAGAAACGGGUCUGCAGAUCCUCACUGCCGAUCCGGAUGGAUUUCCUUUUUGACCGGGUGCCGCAAGAUCCCAAGUGGCCCAAUGUAUAAUGUAUACCCCUUUCCAUCUCCUUAGGAAACAUAAUCUCCCAGAAACUAGUUUUACCGACUGCUUUUCUCGGGGGUUGGACUCACAUAUCCUGCAUCUGCAGCAAGAGCCGAAGGAGCCAGUGUGGUGCAGUGGUUAAGAGCAGUGGACUCGUAAUCUGGUGAACCAGGUUCGCAUCCCCGCUCUUCCACAUGAAGCUGCUGGGU